AUGUUUAAAAAAUAUAGAAGUAGAACAAAUAGUCAUAAUAAUAAUAAUAAUAAUAACACAACAAAUAAUCACAACAAUGAAUUUAACAAUAAUAAUAUAUUAAGACCAUCAAGACUGGAUCAACAACAACAAAAUCAACAGUAUAAAAAUGAAUAUAUAAAUCAAGAAUAUAAAACACCAUUUUCAAGAUUUCAUCGAAGAUUUAGUCAACCGAAUUCAAGUAUUAAUUCAUCAUCUCAACCAAGAAAUUAUAAUUAUCAAAUAUUACAUGAAGGUUGUCUGUCAAAUGAUAAUGUUAAUAAUACAAAUGAAUCAGCUAUUGAAGAUGAUGAUGGAGAUGAAAAUUUAUCACCAUUAAAUUCAGAUAAUAAUCAUACAAAUGCAGACACUCAAUCCAUUGCUUUGUCGGAAGCUCCAACUUUAACUGUUGAUAGACUGCAUCGAAUGGAUUUACAAGAAACUUAUAUUGAUAAUUUUACUGAAUAUUUACCUUAUGUUGUAAGAAGAUUAAGAUCUAUGGUAGAAAGAAGAAGACAACAACAUCAAGAAUUAUUAGAACAACAACAGUCAGAACAAGAACAAAAUGAAAACAAUUCGGAAGUAGUACCAGCACCACCACCUUUUGAUCCUUUUGAAGAAUAUGAUUUUGAUGAAGAUGAUUUAUCAACAAUAUAUAAUGAAGAAAAUGUACCAUCAGAACAACAUGCUUUAGAACAUAUACAAAUUUUGGAUAGAGAUAUAUCAGUAUAUAAUUAUAGAAGACAAUUGGUAAUAAUGAAUGGAAUGUUGAAACAUAAUACUUAUAUUUUUCCAAGUUUGGAUUCAUAUCAAUUAUUUAAACAAUUAAGAUCAAAUAUUAAAAAAGAUAGGAAAAAUUCAAUAAUAAUGUAUGAUUCAAAAGGGAAUAUUAAAAAGGCAUUAGAAACAAAUGUUAACAAGUUAGAGUUUCAACAACAACAGGGUGAAGAUAUAAUAGAUAAUAGAAAUCAUAUAAUACCAAUAGAUUAUAAAAUUAAAGGUUUAGGUUUACCAUUAUUUAAAAUUAAUGUUCCAUAUAUGUCAACUUUUAGAAAAAAUUCACCAUUUAUAAUAUUCAAAAAAUUUAAAGAAAUUCCAGCACCACCAACCCUUAAUGAAGAAGACGUUGAAUUUGAAACUUUCAACUAUUGUUUUGUUUAUUCAAAAUAUUCAUCAAAUUAUAGAAGAUUAAUAUUUGAAUUUUUACCAAACACUUCUAAAGUAUUUAAAGUUAUAUUAUUUCAACUGAAUUUUAAACCUUUUAGUGAUUUCAAUUAUAAGGAUACAAGAUUCAGAAUAUUAGGUACAACAAUAGCAUCAGGUUUAGUUUGUCAAUAUAAUCCUCAUAUGAGAUUAUUAUUGGUUGAUGAUGAUGAACCCUCUUUGUGCGAUAACAUAGUAAAUAAACCACCUUCAACAGCUUCAAAUUUUUUAAAGUUUGGUAAAAAAACAACCAUCACCACCACCACCGACGAAACCAAAACAAAAGUUAGAUUUAAUUUAUCAGAUGUAAAAUUUAAUUUCAAUGAUCCAUCCACAUUUAUAAAUCCAAUUCCACAAAAUUCAUUUGUAAAUCAAGAACCUUCAUUUUUUGCAUCAAAUACAAGUUAUGGUUAUAUCCCCAAUGAUUUACCACCAUUUGGAUGUUUUAAAGAUGCCUCAAUAAUAGAAUCAUCAAAUUCUUCGAGUUUAUUUCCAAAAAAAUAUAAUGAAGCAGGUAGAAUUACUUUAUAUCAAGAUUUAACAAAUAUAACAAAAGAUUUAAAUAGUACAUUAUCAAUUGAUCAAGAUACUUUAGUUAUGUCUGUAAUUUUUAGUACAAUGAGAGAAAUUAAUUUAAGAAAUGCUUCUAAAUCAAGUGGGAAUUCAAUGAAUAUUUUACAAAGUAAUUCUAAUAAUAUGAGUGGUAUGAGAUUAGGAGCUUUUGGUUUAGCAACAACUGGUUUGUCAGCUUUAUAA